AUGGCAUCGGGCUGCAAGAUUGGCCCAUCCAUCCUCAACAGCGACCUGGCCAGUUUAGGGGCCGAGUGCCUCUGGGUGCUAGACUCUGGGGCCGAUUAUCUGCACCUGGAUGCAUCCUGCUCUUCAGGGAGGUCAGUUUUUUACAUGCACAUGAUGGUGUCCAAGCCAGAACAGUGGGUAAAGCCAAUGGCUGUAGCAGGAGCCAAUCAGUACACCUUUCAUCUCGAGGCUACUGAGAACCCAGGGGCUUUGAUUAAAGACACUCGGGAGAAUGGGAUGAAGGUUGGCCUUGCCAUCAAACCAGGAACCUCAGUUGAGUAUUUGGCACCAUGGGCUAAUCAAAUAGAUAUGGCCUUGGUUAUGACAGUGGAACCGGGGUUUGGAGGGCAGAAAUUCAUGGAAGAUAUGAUGCCAAAGGUUCACUGGUUGAGGACCCAGUUCCCAUCUUUGGAUAUAGAGGUCGAUGGUAGAGUAGGUUCUGACACUGUCCAUAAGUGUGCAGAGGCAGGAGCUAACAUGAUUGUGUCUGGCAGUGCUAUUAUGAGGAGUGAAGACCCCAGAUCUGUGAUCAACCUAUUAAGAAAUGUUUGCUCAGACGCUGCUCAGAAACGUUCUCUUGAUCGAUGAAACCAUAAGGAGCCCAGUGUUUCUGUUCAUGAAAUCUCUGUUACUGGAAAACAAGAAUAUUGACUACCAAAUCAUAAUGCAAUUGAAGCCAUACUGCUUUUUUGAGCAGUUAUUCAUUCCAGUGAUUAAAACUGAUUGUGCAGAAUAUUCUAAGAGGUCAGAAAUUGGUGUGUAUAACUACAUUUUUAGUGAUGCAAUUUAAUGAUUAGUGAGCAAGAUACUGUUUUUAUUGAGAGAUUUGAUUUUUAUAAAGAGUAAAAAUACGGCUGCAUUAAGGUUACAAACAGAAAAGUGUCUUAAUGUCUAAGGAGGGCAUAUUAGCUACACUACAAAAACAAAUUUUGUCUGUACUUCUGAAAAGAAUUUUGUUGUUUCUCAGCUGUUUUCCAAAAGCAAAGGAAGUCUUUAUGGUUUUUUUCUAUUUCAUGUUAUUUGUGAUUUGUUUAUAAGUUUGGGUGGGGUGGCAUACCAUAUUCCUGGUUCUUAAAAUCUAUCACUUUUCACCUUACACUUGAUGUGUAAAAACUAUAAAAACAAUGUGUGAAACCCAGGGGUUCUAAAAUACAAGCACAGAUUUUAUCAGGGUGUUUUGUCAAAGCAGGUUAUUCAGUGAUUCCUCCCCACCAUUCUUAAGAAUGUUAAAUAAUGCUGUUGUGUUAGCUCUGAGUAGAAAGGAAAAAGUAAAACCUCUGUUUGGAAGUAAUAUUGGGUUGAAUUCUGACUGCCCCUUUCUAGCUGGACCUUUAACAAAUCACCCAAUCUUUUUUGUGUUUCUCUGAAGUCAUUUAUACAUUAAAUGUAAUCGUAACAACGGUGGGGUUCUGUUGAGA